GUUUCAGUUCCACCACUGGUGCAAGUCCAAAAAUCACUCGUUGGGGUGGUUCCUCAAUCUACCGUGAAACUCAAAUGUGACGUUGAAGCUUCUCCGAAUUCCAAUAACUUCUGGAUCAAAGGGGAAGAAAUGCUCUUCAAGAGCCCAAAAUACACAAUAAUGGAGAAGAGGUCUGGAUACAAAGUGGUGAUGCUGCUCACUGUUCACAAUGCGACCAGAGCCGAUAUUGGUACUUUCACCUGCAUGGCCCAAAACACGAUGGGACGAUCAGAGGACUCAGUCCGGUUAUAUGAAAUCAAAGUUACAACCACGACUACCACGACUACCACAACGACCACCACCACUGUAUCCACCACAACUGCAGAUACCAAUUUGAUUCUAGAAAUAACCAGCAGUGUGAGAAGUACGUCCCAUCCAUUUGAUAGUAUGAGUGGAACAGUUAUCAGAGCCAUCGACGAAGAUCUCCCGGAGAACUGGCUCUUUCCUAGCGCUGCCCCAGCCCCUCUGGAACUCGAGACGCAUUCCGGAGCUAGAGCGUCACUAAUUUCUUCACAUUUCAUUCUGUCGCUGAUGCUGGUCUGUCUACUGAGGUGA